GCACUUUGUCGGCGGUUUAGUUGGAGCUAAGCGCGCAAUCGGAAAACAUGUCGACUUUCAAUCGCCUCUUGAGCGGCGCCUUUGUGAUCUGCUUGGCACUGGUCAAAUUCAGCGCGGUGAACGCUCAGGCCGGAACGGUGCACUGGAACAAUGGGAACGCGGCCGGCGUGGGUGUCUUCUCGAAUGCCCAGUCGAGUGCAAUGCAUCCGCCGGGCAGCCUAAGUGGCCAGGAUCCGCAGUACAGCUACGGGUAUGCCGGAAUCGACUCCCGGGGAGCCUACGGCGGAGCGGGUGGCAAUGGAGCCUACUACGUGAGCGGCACGGACGAGCACGGUCGCCCCUUCUCCUACGGCAACCAGGCCGGUCAGCCGGGGCAGCCCGGCUACAUGGGCGUGCGUCCGGACCCCAACUACCCGGGGUCCUACGGCUAUCACAGCGGGGCAGGGGUUAUCAGCACCCCCGUGGGGGCGACCAUGACCCUGCUAGCACUGGGACUAUCGCUGGCCACCAUGAGACUAUGAUGCGCGUGCCCAGCGAGAACUGUUACUUGUGUGGAUCGUUUUUUUUUACCUAGUUUCUAAGCUUAAUUUAUGUGUCGUUUUCAAUUAUGUAAAUUUUUCAUUAAAUAAAAAAACUGAAAGUCAAAACAA